AUGCCCCGGUUAAACUUGAUUUCGUGGGGCGAUAACAGCAUCACCAGCGACAUCGAGGAUUGCACAUCAGCCAGCCAACGAGCGGCUUCGAGCGCUACAGAGCUUCAUUUAGCGCGCGUCACUGCAACAGUGCGCGCAACACAACAGCGGUGUUGGCAUGCAGCCUGGCGCAUAGCAUCGAUCAGUCCACCAUCCGUCAUUGCGAGCUGGUCCUUGGGCUUUGCUGCUCGAUUGACGCGCUCGACCAGGCAAGCCGGUCGCAAAACCGUAAAAACAGCGGUCAACACUCCACCGAGUCAGAUAGGUAGCGCAAGGCUCGUCCGCAGGGCCGAACGCAACAUCUCGUUCGACUGA